UCUUUUUGCCAGCAAAACAUUGCUCAAUGCUCAUAGCUCGUGUUGUAUUCGUAUAAUUUGAAAUUCGUUUUCUUAUCUGAACUAACAAUGAACUUUAUUUACUAAUAUCACUCGCUCGAAACAAGAUAGAAUUGAAAUAUACGAGUAGGUGGCCGUCAUUACGAUACAAUGUCGUCUACGUUUGCCGGAUUCAGUGAAGAAGAUUUGAAGCGGAUAAAGUCUGUGGAGACAGGCUCAAACAUCGAAUCUAAAGUCACAACUAACAUCAAGAAGGCCCAAAUUGGUGUGAAGCAGAAAAGGGCAACUAAUCAAUACAAAUUACCUCUACAAAAACAGAGUUCGGAUGAAGCUAUAGAUGUAAUGUUCGAUAAAUGCCGGCUCAGUUUAAAAAACAAACCAAUCACAGAGUAUAACAAUAAUGAGUCAAGUGAUUUAGACAAUAUCAGCACAAGCACCAUUGACUUAAACAACGAGGAUGAUGUCUCCGGUGGAGAAGCUAAUGACAUAGACGAAAAAGAUUCUAAAACUGAUGCGAUGGAAAACCAUUUGGAUAGUAGGAAAAGCAGUACAGGCGUUACACCGGAUUUGGUGAGGAGUGUAGAUAAUUACACGGAAGAUGAGUUGGCGGCGCACGGUGCGAAGUUGGAGGAGUUGCAGCUGAAACAGAAGAUUAUGGAGGAACAGAAUAAGAAGAGGAAAGAAAUGCUGGCAAAGGCUUUGGCUGACAGCCAGCCAAAUCGGACAGAGACCAAACAAACGGCAGAAGAAGUAGUAAGACUAGAAAAAAUAAAGAAGGAACUGCAAGUGCUAGAUGGGCAGUUUUCACAGGAUGUGUCAGUGCUAAGAAAGAAGAUAGAUCAGGCGUGCCUGAGUUAUGCAGAGGCAGAAAAACACUACCUAAAAAUAGAAAAAGAGUUCCUCCAGGCGAAAAUAAAUCUACAAAAGGAAAGAGAGAAGAAAGAGUUACUGACUGAACAUCUCUGCGCUCUCAUCACCCACAACGAAACCAGGAAGGCUCAGAAACUCGAGACUUUAAUGCUAGAGCUUGCCAGUGACCGGAAAGGGUCUGUGAGUGACAGAAAGGAGUUCGCGAGUGACCGAAAGGAGUCCGCGAGUAACCGAAAGGAGUCCGUGAGUGACCUGAACCUGUCACAACAGACACCGGAGGAUGAUGACAGUGAGAUUGUGGAUGGUGUGUGUGAGAAAACUGGGAAGAUGGUAGAACUUUGAGACAACGAAUUUUAAAAGUUAAGUCCACAUUUAUGUAGUGAGCGCCUGAGAUAAGAGAUAGUUUUUAGGUUAUUUUAUAAGUACAAGUAUUUAUUGCAUUUAAAUUUAAUUAGCAUUACUCAAUGUGGUGCCUUAAUACAAAUUAAAAACGAAUUGGUCAGUGUCCAUUAAAAUAUUCACUUUAAGUGAUAAUUUAAAUUUAUUAUUAAUUAGAUUAGAAUUACUAAUUGUCUAAACAUGACAAUUGUACUAAUGUACCUAAAAGCAAUACAUAUGCAUAUUUUAAUAUGAUGACUAGAAUUUAAUAGUUUAUUUUUGUAUGUCUUUGUUAAAAAUAACCAAUAAGGUAUUAAAAUAAAACAUCAAUACUCAAA